GGCCCCGGCCCUAGGGCCGCCAGUCAAGGUUACUGGUGACGCACCUGCCCAAAAAGGCAGUCUGGGAGGAACCAUGCCAGCCACGGAGGAAUCUUGGCACACAGGAGUGGGACUGGCCACUGCUGACCUUGGGAGCUGCACAAAGCACAGGAGGUAUUUAACCCCCUGCACAUCCCCUUGAAACCUCUUCCGAGCUCUAAACCUGGACAGCUGAGAACACAGGCAGUGUUUUCCUUACCUUUUUGGCAGGAUAUCGCUUUCAGCGGACUCUGGCGGAGCCACUAUGACCGAAACAACAGGUUACUCGAGGACUGGGCUUGUCCUUGUUAGAAACCCACACCUGGACUUGAUGGAGGAGGACAUCCUGUACCACCUGGACUUGGGAACGAAGACACACAACCUGCCAGCAAUGUUUGGGGACAUAAAGUUCGUCUGCGUCGGCGGCAGCCCCAAUAGGAUGAGGGCAUUUGCCCAGUUCAUGCGGCGGGAGCUGGGGCUGGCGGGUGCCGGGGAGGACGUGGCUGACAUCUGCGCGGGGUCGGACCGCUACGCCAUGUACCGGGCAGGGCCCGUGCUCUCCAUCAGCCAUGGAAUGGGUAUCCCUUCUAUUUCCAUUAUGCUUCAUGAGCUGAUCAAACUGCUGCACCAUGCAAAAUGCCGGGACGUUACUAUUAUACGCAUUGGUACUUCUGGGGGCUUAGGGAUUGAGGCCGGCUCUGUUGUGAUCACCGACAUGGCUGUGGACUCCUCCUUCCGGCCACGUUUUGAGCAGGUGGUGCUGGACGAUGUGGUGGUGCGGAGUACCGAGCUGGACAAGGACCUUGCGGAGGAACUACUCACCUGCAGCAGGGACAUUCCUGACUUCCCCACGCUCAUUGGCCAUACCAUGUGCACCUACGACUUCUACGAAGGUCAGGGGAGAUUAGAUGGUGCAUUAUGCUCUUUUUCCAGUGAAAAAAAGUUGGACUACUUAAGGAGGGCUUAUGAGGCCGGCGUGAGGAAUAUUGAGAUGGAGUCCACUGCAUUCGCUGCCCUGUGUGGACUGUGUGGCCUCAAAGCCGCCGUCGUGUGUGUGGCUCUCCUGGACCGGCUGCAGGGGGACCAGAUCCGGGCGUCCCACGAGGUGCUGUGGGAGUACCAGCAGCGGCCGCAGCGCCUGAUCGCCGCCUUCAUCCGCAAGCGGCUGGGGCUCGUCCGCACGGACUGACGGUGACCGCAGCACCGCAGGGCCCGCAGCGCGGCUGGCACCGCCUGCGCUGGCAGCACCUUCCGGCUGUAGAACAGCUGCAGGUUCCUCACUCCUGCCUCCAUCCGUCCUUACCACCUGUGCUGCAGCACCUUCCGGCUGUAGAACACAGCUGCAGGUUCCUCACUCCUGCCUCCAUCCGUCCUUACCACCUGUGCUGCAGCACCUUCCGGCUGUAGAACACAGCUGCAGGUUCCUCACUCCUGCCUCCAGCUGCCCUAAAGGACUGUCCUGUUAGGGUCACUCCUGUCCGCAGCGUUCUUCCAGGAAGGAGAUCCCUUUGUGCAUAAAGACAAAGCCUAAGUAAAUAACAUGAAAGUUUAUCCAUAUUUGUGGCCAUUAUUCUUACUGCUGUUACAAAGGCCGUUCAGAUUUUCAUUCCUACCAUAUUUAAAGAUGUCACAAACAGGCACAUGCCAGCCAGAGUUUGAGUACAUGAGGGACACCACAGCACCCGGCCGUGGUCAGCUGAGGAGUUCACCUUCAGGCACUGCUUGACAUUAAAGACACUUUUCUCACUACCAAAAUUCACAAAUAAGUAGUCUAUCUUGAAACCAAGUAACUUAAUUUUCACAGAGAAAUUCUCAUCAAGCUUUGUGAAAGUGUGAUUGAGAAUGAACUGCCCAUGCUUCAUUCCUGGCAUAAAGACACCUGAGCUCUGAACUGCCACUCCUACCCAGCCAAACACACAAAGCAGGGCUACAAGAGGUGUGGGUUGAGAAGCCUAUUUAUCAUUAACACAUUUAAAAUUACUAUUUUCACGUGUGCAACUUGGAAGAUUUUUUUUUAAGUGUAGAAAGAUUUAUCAUUAAAAUCAAUGUCAUUAUAAGGAUCUCCAUUUCCUGAAGGGUUCUGAUCAGUUGUGACCAAUGCUAAAGUGAGGAUUAUGAAGUAGGGUGAAACAUCCACCUCCUUCCCACAGGAGCAGGAAAGAGAUGUCUGGUCAGGCUGCAGAGCAGCCUUGGGGUCUCCUGGCAUGAGCAGCCUUGGUAGUGCUGUGUGAAAUACCCUUUUACUGACCUGCGUGUUCUCCAUGCUCCACUGUUAUGUGGAACCCCACCCAAAAUCCUCAUUCUGGCCUAGCUCUAUCACUAAAGGCCCUGACUUAUCAUUGUACUGAGGUAGCCCAGACUUUAUAGACUUCUACUCAUUCUCUACCCUGAGAAAUUACAGACAUGAAAAUAACCACAAGUCUCAGCCUAAAAAUCUAUGCCCACUAUUUCCAACCCAAUGUCUGCUCCCUCUAAGCUUUUUCAUUAACAUCUUGGUAUUUAUAAACUAUGACAACUAUAAUUUCAAUUUCAGUGGUGCAAAUUUUUUUAUCUUGUAGGUCUGCUUUUAAAGGCAAGGGGAAAAAAAUCAAGUGCCUAGGUUUGGGAUGAUGCCUUUCUGGGAAUUUUCUUGCAGCCAGUCUGUUCCCCACAGCAGAGCACUGCUGGUCCCCCCCCAGGAAUAUCCAAGGAAUAUCCCCACAGGAAUAGCUGGUUUGAGGUGGCCAAGCGUGUUUUAAAAAUAACUAGUUACCCCAAAGGAGAUACCAAAA